AUGAACAAAUGUAAGGGGUACAUUCUAAACAUAAAUGUUGUGGAUAAGGAUGACUUGUUUAUUUUUUUGUACAAAAAUGAGCAUUUGCUAGCGGCCAGUUACUACAACUUUAAGCCGUCGUAUUUUUUCUCCGUCGAGGAAGGCGAAAUAAACAUCGACAUGACCAUCGACUUCCGGGAGAACAAACUGGUGAAGAAAAAAAACAAAAACCAAGAAAUUUUGGCAAAGGCGAACAAAAACUCCAUCAACAUUUUGAAUAACUUCAAUGUGGACAGGGAGUAUUUUCACAAAAGGGGAGUCGCGGCGAGCGGGGCAGACACGAAGGAGUCCUCGAAGGAGUCCUCGAAGGAGUCCUUGAAGGAGUCCUUGAAGGAGUCCUCGAAGGGCAUCGAUGGAACGUCUAGCGUGGAGCAGCACGCAAGUGGGCAGACCCACAAUGAAGGGAGCGCAGGUAGGAGCAACUACAAGUCGAAAAAUCUUUUCCUCGUGUUGAUAACGGCGGACCAAUGGCUCAACUACAUUAGGCUGAAGAAUAAACUGGAGCCGUCUCUAAAAAACGAAGAGAAUUACAUUUUUACGUCCCAUUUUAAUUGCAUUAAGAGAUACCCACUAGAGGAAGGCAACAUAAAAAAAAAAAUCCAAAUAAGCCAAAAGAACAGAUACAUGUUGUUCCUAAUAAAUAAUAACAAAUUAAAAAUUGACUUAAAAGGAAACAUCGUUUUUUAUGAUUACAAGACGAAACAUUUGUCGCAUGACUUUCUCUUCAUCCCCAAUGUCCUUUACUUUACCACCUACGUUUUGCUAAUCCUCGUUGUCAUUCUUACGCUAUAUUUUGUUAAGUACCGGGAAAAAACAGACAUUUUUAUGAUCCUCAACAUGCUCUUUUUCCUCCUCUCCACUUAUUUCAAUUACAAAAAUGUGAACUUUAUUCGGGAGCGGGGGUACAUGUACCUUUACUUCUGGGUGUCGGCGAACAUUUUGAAGAAAAUCCAGGAAAUAAUUUCCUUCAUCAUAUAUCUGCAGGUCUCCCUGGGUGACAUGUACAUCCGAAGCCACCUAAGCCGGAUAGAAAUCCAGUUCAUGAUUUGUUUUUCCGUCAUUUCGUUUUACACCGGCAUAUUUGAGAUAUUUCUGGGCAAUUUCCAGGCCCCGCGGUACAUACUACAAGCCUUCGCCUACCUGUUCAUCUUCAUUGCGAUUAACUUCACGUCGACGUUCCUCUCGGCCCGCCUAUCAGAAGAAAACUUAUCCUUUCACGUUGCGGAGCUGUAUAAGAAAUAUGACAUUUAUAAAAAAUACCGAGUCAUAUUCUUCGCCGUAAUUCUGAAGCCCAUUCUGCUGAUCAUCUACAAAGUGCUGUGCCUGUCCCCCUCGAAUAUAGACCUAUACAGCUCGCACGAAUUUUUGUAUGUGUUUUUUGACAUUUCCUUCGACAUUGUUUUAUAUGUCAUACUCUUUGUUUUAUUUCGAGCCGUUAAGCCUAUUAAGCUUUUAAAGCACAUUUUAAGCAAUGAAAAUUUCCACAUAGAUUAG